AUGAGUUCGAGACGUUGUGCUGCUUGCAAGCAAUUAAGAAGAAGAUGUCCUUCAGAUUGUAUAUUUUUGCCAUAUUUUCCUCCAAAUAAUCCUCAAAGAUUUUCUUUUGUUCAUAGAAUCUACGGUGCUAGCAAUGUCGGAAAGAUGCUUCAGCAUGUCCAAGAACAUCAACGAGCCGAUGUAGCGGAUUCGUUGUACUACGAGGCUUACUGUCGGAUUAAGAGUCCAGUUUAUGGGUGUGUUGGAAUUAUCAGCAUUUUACAUCAAGAAAUCGAUCGUUUAGGACGGGAGUUAGCAAAAGUACAAGCUGAAAUUAGCCUUGUCAAAACCCAGGCACAAGCAGAAACACAAUUAGCACAAGGGCAACAAGUUGAACUCUCAUCUUUUGAUCUUUCUACUACUACUCCUUGGUUUUACUAGAAUUGC